UUGACGUCACUACUCAUCGCCAGUCUGUCUAAUCUACAAACGGUAGCCGGCCAUAUAGCUACAGCGUAAAAAAAAAUCGCGGGUUGGUUUAGUUAUACAUAACCUAACAUUUAUGUUGUGAACUACGAAGUAAAAAUAUAAGGUGGGAGUUUAGUUUGCCAUGUUUUUAUUUAUAGUAAUUGAAAAUGUUUCUAAUGUGUUGGUUUUUUAUUUGGUUUGAAUUUUAAUAGAUUGUGUUAGAGGAACUGAAGGGCAAUCUUCAAUCUGUUAUGUAGGCAUACGACAAAUGAGUGAAGGAACUUAUGAAGAAAUGGAAGGCGAUACGAGAUUGCUUUGUGCGGGAUCAUCGCUCAACCACCGCUGCGGGAACAGGUCAAGCUGCAUCAAAGAAAAAGAAAUACAUCUUUUACGACCAGCUACUGUUUCUGUUACCUCACGUGAAAGGUAAUUCCAAUACAGGUUCAAACAUUGCUCCACUUCACAGUCAUGAACAUGUUGGUGGGGAAAGUCAGAUGGAAGAUAUUGAAAGUAGUAGCGCACAUGAAGAAAUACUAGCCGAUGAUGCCAUCAAUGUAAGUCCCCACCCUCCCUCAAGUACUUUACUGAACCAAGCUGCAACAAAACCGAAAGGCUCGAAAAGGAAGAAUCUGACAGAUAUUAAUCCACCCACUGGCAAAAGGGCUACUUUUGAGAAAAAUAUUUUGUCUUCAUCAAAAGAUUUGACUAACAUACUAGCUUCAAGCUUAGAAUGGCAGAAAAAUGAAAAAAAUUCAGAUAAAAAUGACCACAAAGCGUUUCUUCUAUCUUAUGUUCCUGUUCUUGACAGCAUGCCGUUUAGUAGAUCGAUGUAUCUAAGAGGUCAAAUAUCACAAUUGUUUUCGAACUACUUCGCCCAAAAUGAGAAUCACCAAGAAUCAUCCACAAUGUGUUCGACUUCGUCUUUGUCAAGCUCAGCUGGAGCCACCCCCACGGCUAGAAAUGUAUUUAGUGAAGAAAGUGGUGAUUUCGAUAUUUCUGAUUAUAUACAAUUGUAAAAUAUUCUUUCUUCAAUGUAAAUCAAUAGAUAAAAAUACUUAUUAAAGUUCGUUUGGUUUCACUAACCUA